GAUUUGCUUUGUAUUCUUUCUCCUUGUAGAUUCAGACAAUGAACUAUGUGGGCCAGAUUGCUGAAACUGUGUUUGGCACCGUGAAGGAGCUGUAUAGGGGUCUGAAUCCAGCCACACUCACAGGCUGUAUUGAUGUCAUUGUGGUAAGGCAACCAGAUGGUUCCUUACGUUGUUCACCUUUCCAUGUGCGCUUUGGGAAGUUGCGAGUUCUGCAUUCCAGUGAAAAAGUGGUUGACAUAGAAAUCAAUGGAGAGCCAGUCAAUCUGCAUAUGAAGCUGGGUGACAAUGGAGAAGCCUUUUUUGUCCAAGAGUCGGAGGAACAAAAGGAGAGAAUCCCAACCUUCUUGUGCACAUCUCCCAUCCCCUCCGAGAAAAGCAUGGAUGCUGUGGCCAAAUCUGCCAAUUUGUAUGGGAACUCUGAUGGCUUGGGCUCAGACACAGCUGUUCGUAAGAAAAGACGGCGCAAGAAGAAGCCAAAGAAAAGGGAGUCAUCUGCAGAUCCAACUUCAGAAGAAGUGGCUGAAAGUGAGAGAUCUCUGGAGGAGAAGCGGAAAUUGUUGACUUCCAACAACACACUGUACUACUCUUUCGGGGAUGUUCAGAAUGAAGAAGGUGGGACUCUACAACCUCAAGGAGCACAUCCAUACUCUGACGGAGAGCUGGCUCCCCUGCAGAGCCUUUCUCCAAAUUGCUCAUCUGCUCCAAAAAGCGACUCUGAAUUAGAGAUCAGAAAUCCUGAACUGCCACUUGGUCCUGAAUCCCAGUUACAGUGGUCCUGGGGAAGAUUGCCAGAGGUGAGCAAAUCAGACCGUGUAGAAGCAACCAAGUCUGUCCCAAAUCUCUCUGCAACAGCAGCCAAUGACCCGACCACCAUUACCCCUGUGGACAAGACAACUCUCUUUGUGGCUAUUACAGCUGGUUCAGAAAGUGACCUUGGAACAGCUGAUUCUGAUGAUGUAGCAUCUCCCAUAAUUAGGCCAACCCCUGUGUUUACUUCUGGAAAUGGAUUUCCGGAAGGUGAAGGCCCCUGUUCUUCCUUCUGCAUGGCUAGAAAUCAACUAGACACUGAUCAUGGACUUCCAGGAGAUACACAAGUAAUAGCAGCAAUUGCAGAGGAUGAUGGACCAAAUUCCAUCAGGGAGAUAGCUGUGCAGACUCCAUAUCUAGAUUUGGAAGGGCCUUCUUUGAAGAAAACUUUGCCAAACAUAGAGCCCUGCAGUGGUCCAGAGGUGAACCAGGAGAAGACAAGAAGUUCCAUGAAGAAAAACCCUCAUCUGGGACCUACUGAUAUUUAUUUAGAUGAUCUCUCAAAUUUGGAUGCGGAGCAAUUAGCACUUUACUUCCCCAAGAGUGAUGCUGAACUGAAUUGCCCAAGAGCACUGUCUUAUCCUGGCAUCUUCUCUCAUCCCCACAUGCUGAGUGGUGCAACUGGUGACAGCAGUACAGAUACUCUGUUGGAACCUAUAGAAGAUAGCCUGAUGCCCCCCAUCCUCUUGUCCCUCUGUGGAGGUCUUGGGGAUGAUGGAGAAUUAUCUCAUGCAGAGAAGUUUAUGAAGCAUAUAGUGUCCUACCAAGAGUUUGCAGAGAACCCAGCAAUUCUUGAAGACCCAGAUUUGGUAAUACAGAUCCAGAAGAAAUAUUAUAAUUGGGCAGUUGCAGCUCCUAUGGUUCUCUCACUACAGGCAUUCCAAAAGGAUCUUCCCAAAAAUACUGUUGACAGAUUAAUGAAAGAAAAGAUGCCCAAGAAAGGUGGAAGGUGGUGGUUUUCUUGGAGGCGAAAAGAAUUUUCAAAUGAGGAGCAUGAAAUCAGUGCCCAGAAGUCCAACAGAGUACUCAAGAAUCAGGAGGACACUUCUCUUCAGAGGAGGGAAAAUGAUUCAUCCAGUGAAGAUGAUGCUGUAGCCUCACAUCAAGGAGACAGAUCCAUACCAGAUGCUAUUACACAGAAGUUUCUUCCAACUUACAAGAAAUCCUUAAGACUCUCUUCUGAUCAAAUUAAAAAGCUGAACCUGAGAGAUGGCCCUAAUGAGGUAGUAUUCAGUGUGACCACUCAGUACCAGGGCACAUGUCGUUGUGAAGCUAACAUUUACCUAUGGAAUUGGAAUGACAAGGUGGUGAUCUCUGAUAUUGAUGGCACCAUCACCAGGUCUGAUGCUCUAGGGCAUAUCUUGCCACAUCUUGGGAAAGACUGGACCCACCAAGGCAUCGCUAAGCUCUUCCAUAAAAUCCAUCUCAAUGGGUACAAGUUUCUCUAUUGUUCAGCCAGAGCAAUUGGCAUGGCACACAUCACCAAAGGAUAUUUAGAAUGUGUCAAUGACCAAGGUUGGAUGCUCCCCAAAGGACCCAUCCUGCUUGCACCAAGCAGCCUCUUCUCAGCAUUUCAUAGGGAAGUGAUUGAGAAGAAGCCAGAAGUGUUCAAAAUUGCCUGUCUGGCAGACAUCCAAAAUUUAUUUGAUUCAAACAGCCAGCCCUUCUAUGCUGCCUUUGGGAACAGACCAACUGAUGUCUACGCCUACAAGGAAGUGGCAUUACCAGAAUCCCGCAUAUUCACUGUAAACCCCAAAGGGGAAUUGACCCAGGAACUCAUAAAAAUUACCAAGUCCACGUAUGAGCGUCUGGGUGAGGUGGUGGAAUUUCUCUUUCCACCUAUUGGUGAGGAUGUAGUUGCUUCCCUGGCUUGUCCAGAGUUUAGCCAGUUCUCUUACUGGAAAUCAACCCUGCCUACCAUAGACAUUGAAGACUUUGUCUGAUUGUUCAGAACCAACAUUAUCUCCCAAACAAUCGUCAACUAUUGGGCCUCCAAUCUGAUGGAUAGGCAGCAAAAUACAGCUCGCUAUUUCUCCCCUGUUAUGCAAAAUACUUGGCCUUUAAAAAGUAUGUGUGUUUGUCUGUAGUGGGUAAGGAGCACCUUGUGUGGAAAUGUGGUCUUUCAACCCAAGAUUUGACAUACCUGUAUAUGCUCCAUGAUUGAAUGCAUUUUCAAGAAAACUGGGUGCAUUUGUGAUGUCUUUAAGUGAUUGUACUCUGGUCCUUAUUCUUAGAUUGCUAAGAGUCUUCAUGAAUGUUAAUAAGGGCUGCAAGUCCCCGCUAUUUCCAUCCCCCAGCAUUAGGGGUCAACAGAACUCAGGUGCUAGAAGUUAGGCUGCUUAUACUGAACACCCUUCUUCCAUUACCACUUACCAGCAAGUGCUUUAAAACCUACCAAAUCAUAUUUCACCUAGAUAAUAGUAUGCUAAAAGAAAUGAUACCCCUUUCAUAUUACUUUCAGUUCUGUGCUGCCUUUGUUAAUUACAGUAACAUCUAAUAUUAAUAGAAUAUUCUUUGAACAUUACGUCUAACUUCUGUGCCUUUUUAAAAAAUAUUCCCUACUGCUCUUCUGAACUAGACCCCUGGUUUUACAGAGCUUCUCCUGGAUCCUGAACUCUGUCUCUAGCAGAGUUUAGCAACAGGCAUCAAUCCCAUGACUUGCUGCAAUGAGGUAUUUUAAAUUAUGACGGCAAGGAAAAAUGUAGUGUUUGAUCUUAAGGCAAUUAAUGGCUGCCAGAUACCUUUCUUUAAGGAGCUAUGAUAUCUUCAUAAUCUCUUUGGCUGGAGAUCUAGUGAAACACCAAAUGCCCAUUAGCAAGGGUAGUUCUGAAAAUCAAAGGUUGCAUGUUCUUUAUCGUAGUGGCACUAAUAAUAAAGAUGGAAAAAGUGCAAUACAGUAAGCAAAAAACCCUCAAA